CUCCCUAAUGUUAACGCAAUGCUGACUGGGAUACCUCUCGAUGAAAAUAAAAAAAUAACGGAUUUAGAUGAGUGGCCAUUGAUAUACAAGGACGUGAAAAAGCUUGGUUUYGCUACGCUGUAUAGCGAGGAUGACCCUAGUAUAGGUGCUUUCACUUUGACACUUCCCGGUUUUGGCGCCCCACCAACUGACCACUAUGCCCGACCUCUCUGGAAUAGCGGUGCAGUUGGCCAAUGCCUUGGAGGCCAAUUUCAGCCAGCACUUCAAUUCAAUUACCUCAAAAGYUUCAUGAAGUCUUAUAAAGGAAGACGAAAAUUCGGUCAUCUCCAUUUAUCGGACCUCUGUCAUCGUGAAUUGAACUUACUAAGCACAGCAGAUUAUGCGCUUUUAGCUUUCUUCGAGUCUUUAAAAGAAGAAAACUURCUGAAUCAAAGUAUGUUCAUUGUAAUGGGWGAUCACGGAGCUCGCUUUGGUGAAAUUAGGGAAACAUAUCAAGGCAAGCUGGAGGAACGRCUACCSAUGCUUGCRGUMACUCUUCCCUCGUGGUUUGAAGAAAAGUUUCCUGAAAAAGUUGAUAAUUUUCGACAUAAUACAGRGAUUAUUUCAUCUCCGUAUGAUCUUCAUGCGACAUUUGUUGAUCUUAUGAACUUYUCAAAGCCCUAUCGUGAAGAUACUGGAACAMUUGGWACCAGUUUWUUURAGCUUCUCCCAGAAGAUCGUCAGUGCAUGGACGCUGGAAUCACGGACCAGUGGUGCCCGUGUAUUGAAUGGCAUAAGAUUGACCAUACGCAUGCGCAAAUUAAUAUGUCCGCUGAACGAAUUGUUUCGUGGAUGAAUAACAACUUAGCAAGGCACUUCUUGUCUAAGGUUAUGUGCAGAARAUUACAUCUAAGYAAAAUACUCGAUGCUGUYCAAAAAACUCCAAGACACUCAAAAGGGGUCCCUAUCAAUCGAUGUAGCUAUCAAAUUCGACUAGAAACUCUCCCCGGGAAAGCUCUGUUUGAAGCUACCGUGGAYAUCUUAAAUACUGGGGAAUAUAUUAUAUAURAUGUCAGUAGGAUUAACUCCUAUGGCACCCAAGCACAGUGCAUUGAGAGUAAAGUGCCAAGCGUCCGUAAAUAUUGUUACUGUAUAUAGAUAAACUUUUUUUUCUAUGUCAAGAGUUUAGAAUGAUAAUCCAAUUUAAAAAUGAGAUUUGAGCAAAUAGUGCAAUGACCACCAUUUUGUACAGCAGAGCAUGAUGGGAGAUGAACGACGACAUCGCACUUUAAAAAAUAAUUUCCGAAGGCGUUUUAAAUUAAGAUAUC